AUGGCUGACCGUAGGAAUACCCGUGUUUGUGAACAAGUCCACCCUCCAAGCCGGGGAGAUGUCGACCGGAUCCAAUGGCGUCAGGCGCAUAGCAACGCUAUUGCAAGCUGUCAAGAGACGCUUGGUCGCCGCCAUUAUGCAGUUGCGGCUGCGGAAUCCCAGCAGGGGGCUUCUUCGCAGCCUCCUGUGUCUUCCGGCUCAGCAGAACCUACGCCGUCGUCCGCCAAUCCUGGCCUGAAACCGACCUUCACCAUCAAGGCUGGAGUGGUCCUCUCCCGUCCGCCCGUGAUCACCCGCGACCUGACGCCUUUCGAGAAGGCAUUCUUCUUGUACCAAAGACGAUUGAAUGAGCGAUUAGCCCUUCCGUUCACUAAAUACUUCUAUUUCAAGAAAGGAACUCCCGCCGACGAGGACUGGAAACGCAAGAUCAAAGAGCGGCAGACGCCCGCGCGGGACAUUGGCAAAUACAACGCGUACUCGAAAGAAGCGUGGAACGACGAACUCCUCGUUGGCGCCGUUGAGUCGGAGCCGGAACACCAGAUGGAGAUGCUCCUUCGCGAUGCCGAGACCACGACCAGUAACGCCGCGGAGGAUGGCACCAAGAAGGAGGAGAUCCAGAGGCCGGCUCCUCGAGUGACGGAAGCGGACAAGACGGGUGACGAGAGGAGUCUGAACCGGCUGCUGCAACGGACUCUGUACCUUCUUGUGCAAUCGAAUGAGGGGUACUGGUCCUUUCCCAGCUCUCCGGUUGGACUGCAGGAGAAUCUUCGAACGGCUGCCGAACGAACUCUUGCAGAGGCUGCCGGCGUCAACAUGAACACCUGGUUUGUCGGACACCACCCGAUUGGCCACCAUGUCUACAACUUCAGGAAGCCCAGACAGGACCCAGCAUCCAAGAAGCAGCUGCUAGUGGGCGAGAAGACCUUUUUCAUGAAGUGUCGGAUCAUGGCCGGGCAGGCGGACCUCACGGCCAACAAACAGAAUCUGAAAGACUUCAAGUGGCUGGCCAAGGAGGAGAUUGCGAAGUAUGUGCUGCCUCAGUACUAUAGCAGCAUCAAAAACAUGCUCUCAGAGCGGUAA